AUGAGUAGUAAUUUCAAAUUGUUCGAUUCAGAGAAAGUGGUUUAUUGUUCGACGGCGAAUAAAGAAAACGCACUAAAAUCUGCUGCUGUUCUAGGCUUUUAUGCGACCAUCGAUUGUAUCUCUGCUUUAACAUUCCCAAGAUUUCACCGAAACAAAAUUCACGUCAACUUAUCACAUCGUUAUCAAAUCACGGAAAAUAUAAGUUCUCUUCAAACAUUAUCACCAAUAGUUGCAUUUCAUUCCGUAUUCCUGGCACUUUAUUUGGGCGCACUGUUUAUGUACUUUGCUAUCGAUUUCAAAUUUUCACCAAAACAGUUUGCUAUUUAUCUCGAAAGUGUGCAAUUAACUCCGUUAUAUGCAUUAACUUUACCAAUUGCUAUAGUUUGGACAGAAAAACACGUCAGGAAAACUAUCCAAGAAAAUUGUCAGAAGGCUAUCGAAUUAACGGGCAGUGAAGCAGCUAACCACUAUUUUACAAUUUUUGAGACACCCAAAGGAAAGAACGGUUGA